AAGCUUACCGUGUAAUCCGUAUUCCGUUUACUAGACACAGUACACACAAGGCAGGUGACUUCGGGGGCGCGUGCCUAGCAACGACAUUGACUGCAUUGCACUUCGGCCAGAGAGUCCUGCUACUGAGACCCUGGAAGUUGAAGGCCAUGCCGGCUAGGUGAAAAGUGUCGACGGCGUCCUCUCGGUUCACCCGGCAUCACGUCUCGCCUGGAACCUUGUCACGGAUCAUCGAAGCUAGCCAACAUGUCGCAGUCGCUGGCCCCAGAGUGUAACGAGCUCAAGGAGCGUUACGACACUUGCUUCUUAAAGUGGUACAGCGAAAAAUACCUUCGCGGGAUUGGCACCACCGACAACAAUGAAUGCUCGACGCUAUUUAAGGAGUAUAGUACCUGCUUGCAAGCACUCAAGGAGCGUGGGAUAGACAAGUUGUUGGACGAAGCUCGGGAAGACUACAAAGAGAAUGAUGCGACGCUGAUGGGCAGGAAGAAAUGUAAGUCGCCCCGGCACCCGGGGAUAUCGGUUGGCAUCUAACGUUCUCUGCAUGAAGAGGGAGCAGGACCACAGUAAAUAGACAAUCGGCGUUUGUAGCGAUACUCAACUCAAUCUACGUCCGACCUUGAAAGGGUAACAAGAGAUGUGUCU